AUGAGGUUAGAAAUUCAAGAUGGGAGGGCUGUGUCUUUUUGGUUUGAUAACUGGCUUGGGCUUGGGAAGCUAAUUGAUAUCACGGGUGAUCUGGGGCUGAGAUAUAUGGGUGUAGUGCGCUCAGAAACUGUUGCUGAUGCAAGUUGUAGUGCUAGAUGGAAGAUUCGAAGUACAGGAAGUCGAAGAUACCCUCAGGUGCAUGAGAAAAUUGCUGGUACGGAUCCUCCGAAUAGGAUUCUUUGGAGACAUGGACAAGACAAUUUCAAACCAGUGUUUUCUGCUGCCCAAACCUGGGAGUUCUUGAGAGAGGAAAACCCAAAGAUCCCAUUGCACAAGCUCGUAUGGUUUCCACAAGCUGUGCCUCAUCAAGAUUUCAUAGUCUGGCUAGCAAUAAAGGACAGGUUAGCCACUGGAGUGUUCGGUAGAGCCAUCACUCCUGAUUGGGAUGAUACAAUCGCCUACAUGCUGACUGUUACUAGAAGUAGCAUUGACAGUGCAUCGGAUCAGCUUCCAGACAGUACUCUACACUAUUUGGAGAGACAGAAACUCCAUAAGGCAUGGAGGAAAGAAGCUAACAGUUGA